AUGGACAGGGAAUUGGAGCGGUUAGACCAGGAGAUUACACUUGAGCUGCAGAAGAUCGACGGGAAUCUGUCGCACUGCUUUGACGUGAUCACUAAGCAGGUUAUACCACGGGUAGUGGCGUAUGGCCAGGUUUGCGAUGCUAUCAGCGACAGCUGUGAGUGGCUCGGGACGCUGUGCAAGAGCAGUGGUGUUGUGGACUUAAAGCGAGACGUGCUGCUCGAGAGGACGCCGGUUCGCGAUAGCGAUGCGCACGGUAAUGCACAUGGCGAUACCCACGGUAAUGCCCAUGGUGACGCCCAUGGUGAAGCCAACGCAGAGCGCAGUUACGGCGAUGUGGCCGGUGGGGAAGAGCACAACAGCACAGUGCAGUCGGAAGUAUCUGAUAGCACCAUGGGAAAGUACCGCGAGGAUGACACUCGGGAGCAAGGAGAGGACGACAGUGUGCAGAGGCAGAAGAAGAGGAAAGUGUCGCUGCUGAUCCAGGAGCGGUACGGGUCGAGUUCGAGCGUGAUGCCGUCUCCAGAUAAGCGGGUGCCGCAGCAGAGCCUGGGCAGCUCGCCAGUGAAAGAGCAAGUGCCAUUACCUGGGACCGUGAUCCAUUUCUCGACGAAGUGA